CUUUAUGUAGCACAUCGAUUUGAGCAUGGAUUUGCUACGGGAUCGUGCUGAAAGACAUCCAAAAUCGUUCAACAUUCCUGGCAGACUCAUAUUGAACACCGAGUUCAUCCGUGCCGUUGACAUUGAGUACCGGUCGUUCCAGGCUAUGGGUAGCGAGUACACGGUGCCGGAGUAUAUGAUGGAAUGGGUUGCCGGAAUAUAUGAUGGAAUGGGUCGUAGGGAUGUGGCCGAGUGUCGGUGGGAAGCCAUGGGAUGGCUGUACGCAUAUGUACGUACCAGUAUGUCUGAAUCAUCACUACAUUGCAGUGGAAAUCGUAUUCGCCGACUCCACGAUGUAUGUGUACGACCCCGAUCAUUCAUGCCUGACACAAGGCCAGCUCGAGCAAAAUCUAGAGUCGCUGUCUGUGAUCGUUCCCAUGAUGGCUAGACGAGCGAACAUCAAUGUACAAGACAGAUUGGCCACCGUGCGGAACACGACGACGACGAGGCAACAAAUAUCGGGUGAUUGCGGCAUAUUCGUCAUCAAGUACAUAGAAUUUUUGAGUGUGGCACAUAAGGUUGAUGCAAUCAACCAGGCAUGGAUACAAAAUUGGAGAAAUAAACUAGCAUGUGAUUUAUUUGAAUUUAAU